AUGAGUGGGAUGGCCUUAGAAUCUCUCCCUAAUCCAUCAAUCAACUUAGCUCAGAUUUGCAAGCUUGAUCUCUCCAACAAUUAUCUUCAGACUAUACCAGAAUCACUUACAGCAAGACUACUCAACUUAAUAGCACUAGAUGUUCAUUCAAAUCAGAUCAAAGCUCUUCCAAAUUCUAUUGGUUGUCUGUCCAAGCUCAAGUCCCUCAACGUCUCUGGCAACUUUCUUGUUUCCCUCCCCAAAUCUAUCCAGCAUUGCAGGUCAUUGGAAGAACUCAAUGCAAACUUCAACAAACUCAUCAGAUUACCAGACUCAAUUGGAUACGAACUCACCAAUCUAAGAAAACUCUCUAUCAACUCCAACAAGCUCAUUAGCCUCCCAAUCUCCAUUACUCACCUUACUUCUCUCCGUGUCCUCGAUGCUCGUCUAAACUGCCUAAUGAUUCUCCCAGAUGAUCUAGAGAAUCUCAUCAACCUCGAGAUUCUCAAUAUCAGCCAGAACUUCCAGUACCUUACAGCCCUCCCAUCCUCCAUUGGCCUUUUAAUGAACCUCAUCGAGCUUGAUGUUAGCUAUAACAAGAUCACUGUCUUGCCUGAGUCCAUUGGCUGCAUGAGACGGCUAAGGAAGCUGAGCGUUGAAGGAAACCCGCUAGUGUCCCCUCCCGCUGAGGUGAUGGAGCAGAACUUGCAAGUGGUGAGAGAGUAUCUGACGCAGAAGAUGAAUGGUACCUCACCGAGGAGUCCUAACAAGAAGAAGUCAUGGGGAUUUGGUAAGCUAGUGAAGUAUGGGACGUUCAAUGGAGGGUCAAGAAGCUGGAAUAGGGAGGAUAGAGAAGGGUUCAUCAUGCCUGAGUACCGUUCCAUAGACAGUCUUGCUUCGCCGAGGUACUCUGGAAUGUUCUCUCCUCGCCGUCUCUUUUCUCCAAGAAAUUAUUUCAGCAGAUGA